AGCAGCUUGUAGAGUGUGCGCCUGCUGAGCUCGCUCAGUGUAGGAAGAAGCAGCCACGCACACUUUGUCGCUAUGAAACUUAGGACUAUUUACUCCAUAUUCGAGCCAUUACCUCUAAAACCCCUCGUCAAUCCAUGAGCCGCCCCUCGGCUGUGCGCUCGUCAGGCCGGCAGAGGCCUCGCCACUCAUUAUUACACUUUUUUGGGGGGGAAGAAUGCGCGAGACAGACAGUUAGCCGGCUAGCUAGCUGGCUAACUAGCUAGCCGAGGUGACACAGGAGAACAAAAGAUUUUUUUUGUCGUUUCCACUGACAUUAAGUCCAUGUUAGCACCGCCAUGCCCGUCUUACUCUUCCUGCUAGACACCUCCGCCUCCAUGAACCAGCGCAGCUACCUGGGCACUAGCUAUCUGGACGUAGCUAAAGGCGCUGUUGAGACUUUUAUGAAGCUCCGAGGGAGAGACCCGGCCAGCCGAGGGGACCGCUACAUGUUGGUCAAUUUGGAAGACAUUCCGUUCGGGAUCAAGGCGGGAUGGAAGGAGAGCCACGCCACCUUCAUGACGGAGCUGAGGAACCUGCAGGCCACAGGACUCACCAGCAUCGGCCAGUCCCUGAGGACCGCCUUUGAUCUGCUCAAUCUCAAUAGACUAGUGAGCGGCAUAGACAACUAUGGACAGGGAAGGAACCCGUUCUUCCUUGAGCCCGCCAUCAUCAUCGCCAUCACCGACGGCAACAAGCUGACCAGCAGUGGAGGGGUCCAAGACGAGCUCCAUCUCCCUCUGACCACGCCCCUGCCAGGCAGCGAGCUGACCAAGGAGCCCUUCCGCUGGGAUCAGCGCCUCUUUGCACUCGUGCUGCGCAUCCCGGGCCACGCCUCGGUGGAGCCCGAUCCCAUGGGAGGCGUCCCGUCUGACGACUCGCCCAUCACGCCCAUGUGCGAGGUCACGGGAGGACGUUCGUACAGCGUGUUCUCUCAGCGUAUGUUGAAUCAGUGUCUGGAGUCUUUGGUCCAGAAGAUCCAGAGCGGCGUGGUCAUUAACUUUGAGAAGACGGGGCCGGACCCUCCCCCGCUGGAAGACGCUGCGGCCGAGUCGCUGAAGUCGGGCCCUCAGCCUUGGCACUGCUGCCACAAGCUCAUCUACGUUCGGCCCAAUCCCAAAACCGGCGUUCCCAUCGGUCACUGGCCUGUCCCCGAGGCCUUCUGGCCCGACCAGAACUCCCCCACCCUGCCCCCCCGCUCAGCCCACCCCCACGUGCGCUUCUCCUGCCUGGACGCCGAGCCCAUGGUGAUCGACAAGGUGCCCUUCGACAAGUACGAGCUGGAGCCCUCGCCACUCACGCAGUACAUCCUGGAAAGGAAGUCUCCACACACCUGCUGGCAGGUCUUUGUGUGUAACAGUGCCAAGUACAGCGACCUGGGACAACCUUUUGGCUACCUGAAGGCCAGCACUGCUCUCAACUGUGUCAACCUCUUCGUCAUGCCCUACAACUACCCUGUGCUCCUGCCCCUCCUGGACGACCUGAUCAAAGUGCACAAGUUCAAGCCCAGCAUUAAGUGGCGGCAGUCCUUUGAGAACUACCUGAAGACCAUGCCUCCAUACUAUAUCGGGUCUCUCAGGAAGGCACUAAGGAUCAUGGGAGCUCCCAACCUGCUGGCAGACAACAUGGAGUACGGCCUGAGCUACAGCGUGGUCUCCUACCUGAAGAAGCUCAGCCAGCAGACCAAGAUGGAGUACGAGCGCCUGAUCGCCUCCAUCGGAAAGAAGGCGGUGGCGGAGGCGGGCAUCAAGGUGCGGUGGCGGGGUGGAGGCAUCUCCCUGGCCCAGCGCAGAGACUUCAUCCAGCAGCUGCAGAGCCUCUCUGGCGACGUCCCUCUGGUCCCUCUGGAGCUCAACCCCAAAGAGUUCCAGGGGUUCCACCUGGCGUUGCUGAACAAGGACCUGAAGCCUCAGAGCUUCCGGAACCCCUACGACAUCCCCCGCAGUCACCUGCUGGACCAGCUGAGCCGCAUGAGGAGAAACCUUCUCAACACCAGCGUCUGCAGCCUGCGUGGCCACGACUCAGAUCAGCUCCACAGCGUCCCCAUCGCCCAGAUGGGGAACUACCAGGACUUCCUGAAAGCUGCUCCUCAGCCCCUGAGGGACGCCGACCCCGAGCAGCCCAAACGCCUGCACACCUUCGGCAACCCCUUCAAGUUGGACAAGAAGGGAAUGAUGAUCGACGAGGCCGAUGAGUUCGUCACCAGCCCAAAGGAGAACAAAGGCAAGAGGCCAUCAGACAACAUGACAGGAGGCGGGCCCAAGAGGAGACGCUGCAUGUCACCUUUGCUGCGCCUGGGUCACGCCUACACGCCCCCUGUCAGUCCUCGGUCCACCUCAGACGUGGACAUGAGUGAUGAAGAAGCAGAACCCCAUCCCAUGGUCAACCACCUCCAUCGGAACCACUGCAGCCCAGAAAGAAGCUCCGACUCAGAACCUCAAGAGAACCACUCAUCGGCAUACCAGCAGGACCUCCAGUAUGGGGAUGAGGAGGAGGAGAACGGUGAGCAGCAGCAGCAGGAGGAGGAGGAGGAGGAGGUGGAAGCGGUGGAGGAGGAGGAGGAGGAGGAGGUGAUUCUGGUGGACGGACUGGAUCAGCCACCCCGGUACCUCUCGCCUGCCGCCCUGAAGAAACACAUCCACACUGAGACCACCAAGGUGAACAACGAGCUGAGGACACUCAUCACCAGGGAGAUCAGGAAGCCUGGCAGAUACUACGACAAGAUCUUCUACUUCCUGAAGCAGAUUCAAGGCACUCUGGACACUCGCCUCAUCUUCCUCCAAAACAUCAUCAAGGAGGCGGCCAGGUUCAAGAAGCGAGUUCUCAUCGAGCAGCUGGAGAACUUCCUGGAGGAAAUCCACAACCGAUCCACUAUGAACCAUGUGGACGCACUUUGACCUCCUCCGGCUCCAAGUGGACUUGAUGUGCUUCUUUUCAUCCAACUAAGUGACAAGACCUAAGGAUCACAUGACCCUUCUUUUGCUUUGUGUCAAAGAGCGAUUGGUGAUCAAUAACCACUAAGAAGUGACUGACCAUCCAAUGACCGAUCACUGUCAGGGUCAAGCAAAGAUGGCCGCCGACAGGUGAUUGUUUACCUGCCAGCUGAUGUGAGUCAACUGUCCAGCAAGUACUUGGUCACCCAAACGGCAUUGAAGAAUCCUAUAACUCAUGUUGACCUGGCAACUGCUGACAGAAGCUAAGGAUUGAUUGAUUGAUUGAUUGAUUGACGAGAAAAUAGUCCAGUCAUUCUGAAUGAUUGACUAAACAAUCAAUUGUCUUCUGACCUGUGAUUCAGUGUCCACCACUAAGUGUCGUCACAGCAACCAUUAUUGACUGACCGAUGAUCUACUGCCGACAUGCCGGUGAUCUACUGCUGACCUGCCAGUGAUCUACUGGCAAUCUACUGCCGACCUGCCGGUGAUCUACUGCCGACUUGCCGGUGAUCUGCUGGUGAUCUACUGCUGACCUGCCAGUGAUCUACUGCCGACCUACCGGUGAUCUACUGGCGACCUGCCAGUGAUUGACUGGUGACCUUCUGAUGAUUGACUGUUGACCUGCCAGUGACUGACUGGUGACCUGCCAGUGAUCUACUGGCAACCUGCCAGUGAUUGACUGGUGACAUUCUGAUGAUUGACUGUUGACCUGCCAGUGACCUACUGGUGACCUGCCAGUGACCUACUGGUGACUUGCCAGUGAUCUACUGACAACCUGCCAGUGAUUGACUGGUGACCUUCUGAUGAUUGACUGUUGACCUGCCAGUGACCUACUGGCGACUGACUGGUGACCUGCCAGUGAUCUACUGGCCACCUGCCAGUGAUCUACAGGCAACCUGACAGUGAUUGACUGGUGACCUGCCAGUGAUCUACUGGUGUUUGACUGGUGACCUGCCAGUGAUCUACUGGUGAUUGACUGCUGAUCUACUGCCGACCUGCCAGUAAUCUACUGGUGAUUGACUGGUGAUCUACUGCCGACCUGCCGGUGAUUGACUGGUGAUCUACUGGCAACAUGCCGGUGAUUGACUGGUGACCUACUGAUGAUCUACUGGCAACCUGCCAGUGACCUACUAUUGAUUGACUGGUGACCUACCAGUGAUCCACCGGUGAUUGACAGAUGAUCUACCGGCGAUUGACUGGUGACCUCCCACUGAUCAACUAGCAGCCUACCGGUGACUGGCUGGUGAUCUGCUGGUGUUUGACUAAAGACCUACAGGUUAUUGUAUGGUGACCUACCAGUGAUCUAUAGGUUGUUGGCGGGUGAAUUACCAGUGAUCUUCUGGUUAUUGACUGGUGACCUACCAGUGAUUUACAGGUUAUUGACUGGUGACUUACCAAUGAUCUUCUGGUGACUUACUAGUGAUCUUCUGGUGAUUUACUAGUGACUUAUCAGUGAUUGACUGGUGAUCUAUCGGUGAUUGACUGGUGACUUACCAGUGAUCUUCUGCUAAUUUACUUGUGAUUUACCAGUGAUCUACUGCUGAAUGACCGGUGAUUUACCAGUGAUCUUCUGCUGAUUGAUUGGUGACUUACCAGUGAUCUUCUGGUGAUUGACUGGUGACUUACAAGUGAUCUUCUGCUGAUUUACUGGUGACUUACCAGUGAUCUUCUGCUGAUUGACUGGUGACUUACCAGUGAUCUUCUGCUGAAUGACUGGUGACUUACCAGUGAUCUUCUGCUGAUUGACUGGUGACUUACCAGUCACCUUUUGGUGAUUGACUGGUGACUUACCAGUGACCAUUUGGUGAUUGACUGGGGACUUUCCAGUGAUCUACUGGUGAUUGACUGGGGACUUACCAGUGAUCUACUGGUGACUUACCUGUGAUCUACUGGUGAUUGACUGGUGACUUACCAGUGAUUGACUGGUGACUUACCAGUGAUUGACUGGUGAUCUACUAGUGUUUGGUGAUUUACCAGAGAUCUACUGGUGAUUGACUGGGGACUUACCAGUGAUCUACUAGUGUUUGAGUGAUCUACUGGUGAUUGACUGGUGAUUUGCCAUUGAUCUUCUGCCGAUGGGCUGGUGACUUACCAGUGAUUUCUGCUGAUUGACUGGUGACUUACCAGUUAUCUUCUGCUAAUUGACUGGUGACUUACCAGUGAUCUUCUGGUGUUUGACUGGUGAUCUGCUAGUGUUUGACUGGUGACCUACCAGUGAUCUUCUGGUGAUUCACUGGUAAUCUGCUAGUGUUUGACUGGUGACCUACCAGUGAUCUUCUGGUGAUUGACUUGUGAACUGCUAGUGUUUGACUGGUGACCUUCUGAUGAUUGAGUGGUGGUGUACCGAUGACCGACUGCGUACCAACCAGUGAAAGAGUGGUGACUGACUAGUGAUACCUUGUGACCUGCUGGUUGUCUAGUGGUGACCUAAUGGUGAUUUACUGUUGAUGAAGAGACUGAAAGAGUGAGUGAGUGAGCGAUGGUCAGUCCAAGGGAGACAAAAAGGUGAUCAACAGAGAAGCAACAGAUUGACAAGCAAUACAGGAGUGAAUGACUACUAGUCAACCUUUAACUAGUUAACCAACCAUUGCUGUGUCAUGAUUGACAAGCAAUUAAAGAGUAAAUGACUAGUACUUGACCUUUGACUAGUUAACCAAUCAUUGCCAAGUCAUGAUUGACAAGCAAUGAAGAAGUGAAUGACUAGUAGUCACCUUUAACAAGUUAACCAAUCAUUGCUAAGUCAUGAUUGAUAAGCAAUGAAAGAGUGAAUGACUAGUAGUGACCUUCAACUAGUUAACCAAUCAUUGCUGAGUCAUGAUUGAUAAGCAAUGAAAGAGUCAAUGACUAGUAGUCACCUUCAACUAGUUAACCAAUCAUUGCUGAGUCCUGGUUGACAAGCAAUGAAGGAGUGAAUGACUAGUAGUUGAUAUUUAGCUAGUUAACUAGUCCUGCUGGUCAUCAGGCGAGUGAAAGGUCACAUGACAUGAAAGCAUCACUCAGAGGGACUGUGGUCUAUGAAGCAAUGUGAUUGGUCAACAGGAAGUGACUCAUACAUGUGACAAGCUCCGCCUCCUCCAUUCAAGUCACUUACCCACAAUGCACUUGUUAUUUUUGUAAUCACAAGUGGUUUUUGGAUGUGGACCAAAAGAUCUGCCAUUGGUGAGCAGUAUUUUGUAAAGUUAGUGUACAUAACAUAUUUAAAGAUGGUGGACAAACCUUUUGUAAGUAUUUCCAUCAAUAAAUCUAUUUUCCACAGUCA